AUGAACACGUUACACCCAGGUACAUUGGUAGAAGAAGAUGUAAUGAGGGUCUUCGAUGAACUGGCGGAGGAAAUCCUCAAUGUUUCGGACCGGAUCUUCCCACUUGCGUCACCUGUCAAUAACUCACAGACAACUUUCACACUCAGCGAGAGAGCCUUAACGCCAUACGCCGGGUCUGAUUCAAUUCCAGAUGAACUAAUCAUCUGUCCGAAGGCUCGUCUCCGUGAUAGUACGACAGAGAAACCAAAAGUCUUCGAGUGUCGGUGCUGCUGUGUAGGCGAACCGCAUGCCGACACCUUGACCUACAAACCGCAAAUGGUCUCUUAUGGCGGUGAAGCCGGAAACGCCAGAGCUGGUCAUUACUAUAAAGAGCUUGAUGCCGCAUCAAAGAACAUUUGUCCUCAGGGAAUAUCUCCCAAGCGUGUUUUCGGCAUGACAGUUUGGCCGGGAAUGGUGCAUAUGAUACAAAAGAUAUGUCACGAGACCAACCCUCUCGGUAGACUUGUUGUUACUCUUCAGAAUACGAUGGUACCACAUGCCAUUGUUCGAGGGCAGGAGGGAGCUGAGGAUGAUGUUGAAUUUUACUUCGAUCUACGAGAAGACGCACAGCAAUUCACGGCAUAUCUCGAAGCUGGUCAGGACAGACUGCGAGAAUUUUUCAUUCGUGGCCUUAUGGAAAACGAGCAAGUCGUGCGUCUUCGGCUGCUUGAUUCCGAUUCCAGUCCAAGAGAGGAUGCCGAAAGUUGGAGGGAGUCUGUAAUAUCCUCCAAAGGUUACAGCCAAGCAAUAAUGACCCUCAAGUUGGUAUCAUCACACGAAGGUGGAGAUCAGAGUUGCAGGGCAAUUGUGUCAAGAGAGAGAUACGAAAAUGCUAUCUGUAUCAACUUCAAAGACAAGAUGCCACAGAUAUCUCAAAGAGGCCUCUUGAAGUCUCUACAAGACCUGGAGAUAUGGAUAAGCGAUUAUGAUCAGAGCGGCAAGUCUAUCGUCUCCCGGAUGAGCUGGGAGGAACUUACUCUACGAGGGACCAAGCCACGAAGUCUCAGAGCCACAUUCAUCAAGAGAACUAUGCGAGGCGAGAGAAAGGAUUCUUACGAGCGGGUCAAGAUCGCUAUCAUCGACUCUGGCCUACAUGAUAGGGAGAGAGGUCGUUACCGAGCUGAGUAUAAAGACUUUACAGGCGUGCCUAACAAUGACUCGUGGCACGGUACUUGCUGUGCUGGGAUCGUUCAGGGGGUAUAUGAGGAAGCUAGGCUUUACAUUGCGAGGAUCUUUGAACGGGACCAUGCUGAUAAGAUUGAGGGACCUCUUCGAAUGGCGAAGGCUAUCCACUGGGCCAUCGAGCCACCGCGGUCCGUCGAUAUCAUCAGCAUCUCCGCUGGUUUCCGCAACUACUCCAAAGAACUCGAUGAAGCUGUUACCAAAGCCAAGGCCGCGGGAGUGCUUGUGAUAGCCGCCGCUUCAAAUUGGCAGAACACGAACACUGUCGCCUUUCCAGCUCGGCAUAAUCUCAGCACCAUGUGCAUCUACUCUACCAAUACGGGCAAUCAGAGCUCCAGCUUUAAUCCGGAACCUCGUGUUGAUACGCAAAACUUUGCAAUUCUAGGCGAGGGAUUUCAACAUCCGGAUCAGAGGAGGAAUGAGCGUAUGAGUGGAACUUCAAUGGCAACAGCUGUUGCGGCCGGACUUGCUGCGAGAAUCAUCGACUUUUCACGACAGAAGGAUAACAAAGCCUCGAUCUUCAGGGCACAGGAUGUAGGAAAGCUGCCAGGCAUGCUGUCGAUAUUCAGCACUAUUUCAAAGCCAGCAGGUAACCUCAGAUACAUCUCACCGCUGGAGUUGUUACCUUUGAGGCAUGGAGUCAGUCGGGAGGCGGAUAGACAACGCGUGAGGGAGGUUCUAUCACAAGCGAUGGAGAGGGCAAACUAG